AUGAAAUAUGACAUGAGCCACCAUCGAAAAGAGUCCGAUUCCUCUCCGUCGCCGGCGAAGUCCGUCAAGGAAAUGCUCGCCGAGUUUCAAAAUAAGCUCGACGGUGAUGAUAAUCGGUUUCGAAAGCCACCGCCACCUUCGCCGCGUCGUGCUCCCCCACCACCACCACACCGUAAACCAUCAACCCAGUCAUCUCCUCUACCAAGAACUGAAGCAGAAGAAGAAGAAGAAACACUGAAACGACCGGAAGAGUAUCCAGAAGACCCUCCGCCGACGGAAAUAAAUUCGAAUUCACUGCGAAGAAGUUUGGGUCCGAAACCGAAAGUCGCACCGAAACCGCUGUUUUUGAACGGAUUGCUACCCACCUCAAGUUCCACUCCGGACGUUCCAUCCCACCGUCCGGAAGCUCCGCCCCAUUCUUCCUGUACGACACCAACUAUUCUGGUGUCUCCAGCGACGUCGGACUAUUCGAACGGUGGAUUCUUUGAUUCAAAUGGCAAUGGAAAUGUAAAAGAUCGAGCGAGACAGUUGGUUAAUAUGGGAUUCGUACCGAGAGUUAAUAAUGGAGGAGGACAGAUUGAGAGACCAAUAUCCCAAGUGUCCACCCUUUCCCAAGUCAGUGAUGAAUUCGACGACGGUGACACUUCUGCAUCAGAUGAGGAGUCAACAGUCGACUCGACGUCUCAUCAGAAUCUUCGACGUCAUCGACAUGAAGACGAUUUCGAUGAGUUACCCCUCCCGCGGAAUGAUAGGAAAACGACGGCGGUGGCGACGACUCAUUCGGAAAUUAUGCAUGAAAUGGAGCAUUUGUUUGUGAGAGGUGGCAACAAAAAAGUGAACGGAAACAAUAAUGGAAAUAAACCAUCAACACAACAGAGACGACAAUCGAAUAUUGAUGAGAUUCCGGCGGAUGUUGGAAAACUGAGAGAUAAUCGAAAAGGCCGCCACAACUCACUAUUCGUGUCGCCGACAUCCGGAAUCUCGUCCACUUCCACCGACGAUUUUUCCCGUAUCACAAGUAUGACAAGUGAUCGAAGUAGUAUUGUGACAAGUCAUAGUGGGGGCGGAGACUCGGCCGACGGUACAGUAUCCCCAAUACCUGAUUAUGAGACUGGAAAUGAGGAAGAGGAUCAGAGAUUGAAGAAGUUACACUAUGCGGCUGUCGAGUUUUUGAAGGUUCAAUCGAAUUAUGUACAGUAUUUGAAGGAGAUGGCGGUGCUCUACCCAGAAUACAUGGAACGAUUCGGAAAACGUGCUGGCCACGACCUACUCGCCCACCACAAUGGCCAAGAGAGUGUCGUUCUCCAAAUCAAAAAGAUUCUUGUUCAAAUCCUUCCAAUCCACGAAAUGCUCCUAAAAGAAGUGGAUACUGUAGUCUCGAAUUGGGAUUCACGGACACCCAAUAUGAGUAAAACUAUCGGAACUUUCGCCGACUUUUUGAAGUGUUGUCAACCGUUUUUGGAUAAAAAGGCGGAGUUUAUGGCCAAGUUGUUACAGAUGAGAAAUGAGGAUAGAGAGUUCGAUGAGGCCACUUAUAUGUUCGAAACGGAAGUAUUCAAGCGUGGAAAGAAGGGAGCUGUCAUCCAACAACUCGAUCAAGUUCAUCAGAAUUUCAUGCGUUAUAAACUUCUAAUGCUUCGAUAUUCUGAAUAUCUGACGGAUGGAUCUGAUGAGAAGAAGAAGGCUGAAGAGGCGAUUGCCAAGCUGGAAUCAGUUACACAGGCGGUUAAUCAGAAGAUGGGAUUGCCGACGACUGAUGAUUUGACAAAGUUGUAUUAUCGGUUUCAGUGUCAAUUCAACGUUCUGGAACCAGGCCGUGUACUAAUCCGUCAAGGAGACGUCAUGAAACAGACACGAAAAGAGGAACAACCCCGUUACUUGGUCCUUUUCACUGAUUGUCUCUGGAUCUGUCGUGUCUCUUCGUCUCGUACUCUCUCGUCGGGCGGUCAAUUCGAAAUGAAUCGAUCCUACCGUAUCCCAUUGGAAUAUAUGAGAUUCGAGAGAAUGGAAGAGGACGAAUAUGUGAAAUGUUUGAUGGUUAGGAGUAAAGUCAAGAGUGCAGUUAUCAUAUUUCCGACAGAAAAAGAGAGAAAUCAAUGGGCGGAUGAUUUGGCGAAGGCGCAAUUCGAUAGAAAGUCUUAUAAGAGAAGACAGUCGACAGCUGUACAGAAACAUGAUGAGAAUAAGCUAAAAAUGAAGAAGCUCCUAAUGCUCGCCGAGAAGAACAAUAUCACAGAAUCCCCUCACGACGACAAUGAAGAAGAAGACGUGAUGAGACCGAAUGGAAUCUGUGGAAAUUCAAGAAGUACAUCUGGAUCACAAGACGAAUUGUCAUCUGUUCCAGUGACUCCACUGGAUAUCGGAGACUACGAUGGAGGGAUAUUUGAUGUGGGGGGACCACAGAGGAACGGAUCAAAGAAACAGGCGGUGGCUGAUGUGAUUAAACCCGUCUGGCUUCCUGAUAAUAUAUCGAAUGAAUGUUUGAUGGAGGGAUGCUCCACAGAAUUCAGUAUUAUCAAUAGGAGACAUCAUUGCAGGGAUUGUGGAUGGCUAAUAUGCAAAUACUGUAAAGGACAAGCACCAUUGGCAAAAUACGAGUUUCUAAAGCAGAAUGUAUGCUCCGAGUGUUAUGAUCGACAAUUUGAGAUUUACAAAGCGGGUACACUAUUCCCCACGAAAAACAUUGUGAUCCAAAGCGAUGGAACCCAUAUGGUGAAGAUUGGAAAACGGAAUGAACAGGAUACUGUCGAUCCGAGAAAACUAUUCAAACCGCCCGUCAAUUUUGGAUUUAAACAUCGAAAUGUUGAGGAGAAGAGGGCGGGAAGUAUUGUGUUUGGAAGGGUUUAUUUGAGAAAUCGAAAAUCUGAGGUGAUCCGUCAUGCACUGCUCCGUCGGGACGACUUAAAAUUAGUAUUCUAUAAAGCGGAACUCGAUUCGAAAUCAGUUUUCGAAGUACUAAUUUAUGGAUAUUUCUAUCGAGAAAUUCAGUUAGAAGACUCAAAUGGAUGGCUCUUUGAAUUAAUCCACCGAAAUCAAAUCCGUACAAACGACACAAAAGAUGACAUCAUCUCAUUUCGAGUCGACAACAAUACAAGUGCCAAGAAAUGGUCGGCUGCUUUUGCUGAUAAACUCGAAUUAGAUCCCACUUUCUGCCCGUCUUCCUGA